AUGUCAAACGCUGAGGCAUUAAAUGAUAACAAAAAUGAUGAAGAUGAAUAUAAGGAAAAAACCCUUAACCUGUUUGACAAUGAUAAUUUUGUAUUAAAUAAUAGUGAUGAAGAAGAAUAUGCUUCAAAUAGUUAUGAUAAUAUUGAAGAUGAUGAUGAUGAAGAAGAAGUAGACAAUGAUGAGGAAGGUUUAGAAGAUCCUCCAUCGAGUGAUAAUAUGAGUUAUGACGACUUGGCUAGUCAACAUGAGGACGAUAAAUAUAAUGAAGAGGAAACAUUUAAUGAAGAUGAUAAUUAUAAUGAAGAAAAUAAAUAUAAUGAUGACGAAGGUAGUGAUGAAGGUUAUAUGAAAAAGAUUGAUGGAAAAUCACUUGGUUUAACAAAAAGGAUGAAGAAAAUAUAUAUAAAUAAAAAAGAAAAUAUUUAUCAUAAUCAAAUAGGAGUAUACAAAAAUGACAAACUUAUGAAGAAUGAAGAUAUUGAAGAUAGGAUGAAAUAUUUAUUAAUAUUAUUAAAUGAUACAAAGAAAAAUAAUAUUAAAAUAGAACGAUCUACAAUUAUUAAUGAACUACUUUUUUAUUAUACUUAUUAUUAUGAAUAUUCUAAAGAAAUGAUUAAAUAUUUAUAUUAUAUAUUUGAUAUAAAAGAACUAUAUCUUUUUCUUGAAAUAAAUAACAUGCCUAAAGAAAUACAUUUAAGAACAAAUACAUUAAAAAUAACAAGAAAUAAUCUUAUGAAAAUUUUGAAAAAUCAAAAUGUGUCGGUACAAGAAGGAGAAUCAUGGAAUCAUGUAGGAAUAACUAUAAAAGAUGUUAAUACUAAUGUAGGUUCAUUAAAUGAAUAUCUUUAUGGUUAUUAUAUUAUACAAUCAUCUUCAUCUCUUAUGCCAGUUCUUGAAUUAAAUAUACAAGAAGAUGAUAUGGUCUUAGAUAUGUGUGCAGCACCUGGUGGAAAAUGUACCUUCAUGUGUACCCUUAAAAAAAAUAGAGGAGUCGUUUAUGCGAAUGAUAUAAAUAAAUUAAGAUGUAAAGCUAUAGAAGCUCAUGCUUCAAGAAUGGGAAUAAAUAAUUUAAUCGUCACGUGUAUAGACGCUUUAAAAAUUCAAAAACAUUUAACAUUUCAAUUUGAUAAAAUUCUAUUAGAUGCUCCAUGUAGUGGUACAGGUGUUGUUAAUAAAAAUAAAACUGCCAGAAGAAAAACUAUCAAAGAAAUAAGAGAUCUUGCGCAAAAACAAAAAAUACUCUUAAAUAAUGCAAUUAAUCUUUUAAAAAAUGGAGGAAUUGUUGUAUAUUCUACUUGUAGUAUAAGUGUAGAAGAAAAUGAACAAGUCAUAAAUUAUAUACUCAAAAAAAGAGACGUGAAUUUAUUACCAACAAAUAUUAAUAUAGGUGACCCUGGGAUAACCCAAUAUAGGAAAAAACAAUUCUCAAGCAAAAUCUCCUUAUGUAAAAGAAUUUAUUUACAUAAACAUAAUCAUGAUAACUUCUUUAUAGCUAAACUAAUCAAAAGAUCAGACGCAGUAUUUACUAAUAAAGAUAAGAAUUCAAAUGAAAAAAAGAAAAACAAAGACAAAGGCAAAAAAAAAAAAAAAAAAAAUGAUAAUCGUAAUAAUAUAUCACAAACAAAUCUAACAAACCAUCAACAUGUUGAAUACAACAAAAAUGAAAUCAAGAAAAAUAAUAAAUUGACAAAUAAAAAGAAAGAAAAUAUUAAUAAACAUAAAAAUGAAAAACAACAACAAACAUUAAAUGUUCCCAAAAAAAAUGAACAUUUUAAAAUAAACAAUAAGGAAAUAAAUAAAAAAAAUAAAAAAUAUAAGGAAGGAAAAAAGGAAAAGAAAAAUAAAAAAAAUAAGAAUAAUAAGAAAAAUAAAAAAAAUAUGAAAAAUAUUAAGAAUAAAGUAUAA